GUAUAUAGGAAAUAUAGGAAGAGCAGGGGACGUUUGGGGUUUGAAAAAGGGGUUUUUUCUUCUUUGGCCUAUUCGUCUUCACCUUUCAUUCGGUAGUGUAGAAGUUAGGAAGAGGCAGAAAGAGAGAGGAAACAAUGGAGGGGUUAUCGUAUGCGCGCAUGCCCAGGGUAAAAAUCCGAGAGCUGAAGGACGAUUACGCGAAGUUCGAGCUUCGCGACACGGACGCGAGCAUCGCCAACGCUCUGCGGCGCGUGAUGAUAGCGGAGGUGCCGACGAUCGCAAUCGACCUGGUUGAAAUCGAAGUGAACUCGUCGGUGUUGAAUGACGAGUUCAUAGCGCACAGGUUGGGUCUCAUUCCCCUCACCAGCGAGCGAGCCAUGGCCAUGCGCUUCUCACGUGACUGUGAUGCCUGUGACGGUGACGGCCAAUGCGAGUUCUGCUCCGUUGAGUUCCAUCUUAGGGUUAAGUGUAUGACCGACCAAACCCUCGACGUUACGAGCAAAGAUCUUUACAGCUCGGACCACACUGUUGUUCCUGUUGAUUUCUCUGACCCUACUGCCACUGAUACUUCCGAAAAUAGGGGGAUUAUAAUUGUGAAGUUGCGGCGAGGACAAGAGCUGAGGCUGAGAGCAAUAGCUAGGAAGGGAAUUGGCAAAGAUCAUGCCAAAUGGUCACCCGCAGCAACUGUUACUUUUAUGUAUGAACCCGAAAUUCAUUUAAAUGAGGACUUGAUGGAGACUUUGACUCUUGAGGAGAAAAGAGAAUGGGUUGAAAGUAGUCCCACCCGAGUGUUUGAUAUUGAUCCAGUAACACAGCAGGUCACGGUGGUUGACCCUGAGGCAUACACUUAUGAUGAUGAGGUGCUUAAGAAGGCAGAAGCUAUGGGCAAGCCUGGACUUGUAGAAAUUAUUGCAAGGCAGGAUAGCUUUAUCUUUACUGUUGAAUCGACUGGAGCAAUCAAAGCUUCUCAAUUAGUACUAAAUGCCAUAGAUAUUCUCAAGCAGAAACUGGAUGCUGUGCGGCUAUCUGAUGAUACAGUGGAGGCUGAUGAUCAAUUUGGUGAGCUAGGUGCUCAUAUGCGUGGAGGAUGAUAGAAGGAUUUUAUAUUUGUUUCCCUGAAGUUGUUUCUUGCAUGUUGUAUUUAACUGAAUAGUUGCAGCAUGUGUUCACUUGUUGAGACAAGGAUAGUAACUAAUAUGAUUUCUUCAGGAUAGAUAACUAUCUUUCAAUUUUAUGUUACUUAGCUUG